AUGAGCUACCAGCAGUUCCUGGAGUCAACGGCGAAAUCUGCUCUAAAAACGCCCUCUCCGGGCUCUAUCCACCGUAAACCACCCAGCGCACUCGGCGCACCCAGCGCACCCAGCCCAUCGGCCGCAGCCUCCGGUUCACCGUCCAUACAUUCCAGCGUCACUCGAAACACAACAGUAAACUCGUCGAAGACUCCUUUUGUUCCCACGCCUCCGCCACGUUCUCCUGCCCGUGCGACUGCACCGACUACGCCGCCUCCAAGAAGCCACACGACUCGCACGCCAUUGACCAAGACCCAGAUCGACAGUGCCCUGAAAGCAUGUCUCGAUUUGCAAUACACAGCGACAUCCCUCCAUGCUAAGCGGCCUUUCGCAGCUCUCCUGCUUGCGCCCGAUAACACCACGAUUCUCUUGACGCAUUUCUCCAUUUCGCACUUCCAGCACGCCGAGACCGAACUUGCUCGAUUGGCCGCCACUCACUUUUCGCAAAAGUACCUCGCUUCAUGCACCCUGGUGUCGACAUGGGAGCCUUGCGCCAUGUGCACGGGGACGCUGUACUGGAGCAACAUCGGACGGGUGGUCUAUGCGGCCAGCGAGUCCAAGCUGCGAGAAUUGACGGGCGGGAACAAUGAGGAGAACAUGACAAUGUCGCUUCCCUGUCGGGAGGUGUUGAAGGGCGGCCAGAAAGAUGUCGAAGUGAUCGGGCCUGUCGGCGAGUGGGAGGAGAAGGUGGUGGAGCAGAGCGCGAAAUGGUGGAACGAGCAUCAGACGGAAGCGGAAGAGACGGUCAAGAGGGCGAGGGAGGAUAGUGUGAAUGGAAGCGAGAGGCCCGGAAGUCUGUCCAGCGUGCAGCAGAGCACACCGACGACCUGGACGGGCGAAGACAGCGUGCUGAGCAGCAUUGACGACGAGGGGGAAUAUAAAGCCGAGUUGGAUAUUGACUGGAUGAGGUAG